AAUAAUAAACCUAACUAGGUAGCUAGUUAUAAGCAAAUCGUACUACUUGUUAGCUCCUUUGAAACACCAAUCUUAAGCUUACUCUCUUUCGCUGUUUCAAAACAUUUGUCAUCGUUGUGAUUAUCAUUUUCAUUGUCUCUUUUAGUGUUAAACAACGAUGAUGCAGCUGAAUCUCUCGAAGAGAUCCAGCAACAGUAACGAACAUCAUCAUGAUUCUUCUAAGAAAUCCAAACUAACCUUUGAGCUCAAACACGCUUUCCACACCGUCAAAUCUCAAAUCCCUUUAACUCACUGUGUAUGGCUUCUUAUUACCAUAUUCCUCCAGAUCUUAAUCCUCUUCUUCCUCAUCCGCUCCUCUCCGCCUCAUCCACCGCUGUCCAACUCCCAACAGCUGGUAGCACUCAAUCCGGACUGCCAAUCCGGUUACGUCUACGUCUACGACCUACCUGCUACUUUCAACACGGAGUUUAUUGACAAAUGUGAGGAACUAGACCCGUGGAAAUCACGCUGUAAAGCGGUUUCCAACGGUGGGUUUGGGCCCAGUGCUACUGGGCUCGAACGCGUUGUACCGGAAGAUAUCACUCCAGCUUGGUACUGGACUGACAUGUAUGCUGCUGAGGUUAUUUAUCAUAAUAGAAUAUUGAGCCAUAAGUGCAGGAUUAUGGAUCCGGAAAAAGCAACGGGGUUUUAUAUUCCGUUUUACGCCGGACUUGAUAUUGGGAGGUUUUUGUGGUUUAAUUAUACGGCGAAAGAUCGAGAUCGGAAAGGUGAAAUGGUUCUCGAUUGGUUGAAAGAGCAGCCGACUUUUACUAGAGCUAACGGAGUAGAUCACUUCAUUAUGCUUGGCCGAUUAACUUGGGAUUUCCGACGAUUAACUGCUAACGAUUCGGAAUGGGGAUCGAGUUUGCUCUACAUGCCAUUGAUGAAGAAUGUGUUCCGUUUAUCAGUAGAAAAGCAUCUAAAUGACGAUUUAGAAGAAAGCGUACCUUAUCCAACAGCUUUUCACCCGAGAUCUGAAUCCGAUAUAGUCCAAUGGCAGAAUUACAUCCGGAACUACGACCGUACAAAGCUCUUCUCCUUCGUCGGAGCUAAGCGUGAGAAAAUCAAAAACGAUUUCCGAGGAGUACUAAUGGAUUACUGUAAAUCCGAAGAAAACUGUCUCGCCGUCGAUUGCGCUACCACCGUCUGUUCCGACGGAGCUCCAGCGAUUUUGGAAUCUUUUCUAGAUUCCGAGUUCUGCUUACAGCCACGAGGCGAUGGGUUAACUAGACGGUCUACUUUUGACUGUAUGUUAGCCGGUUCAAUCCCGGUUUAUUUCUGGAGAGGAACAUUUAAAGGUCAGUAUGAAUGGCAUCUGCCAUGGGUGGCGGAGAGUUAUACAGUGUUCAUCGAUCAUGAUAAUGUGAGAGAUACAAAUGGGAGUAUGAUUCUGCAAGUUUUGCAAGGGAUUCAUAAAGAUAAGGUGAAGGAAAUGAGAGAGACGUUGAUUAAUCUUCUUCCUAAAUUUGUUUACGCAACGCCAGGUAAAGAUUUAGGGAGUGUUAAAGAUGCAUUUGAUAUCACCAUUGAUAGAGUAUUGAAGAGAUUGAAGUCUCGCAGAGAUUAGUAUUUGAAUCGUAAGCAUUAUUGCCAUGCCA